GCCAUCCUGUGGGUGUGGCGCAGAGCAGAGUGUAAACUCUAGCGGGGCUGGAGCAAACAUUGGAUUAGCGGCAGCAGCCUGCCAGCCAGCCCGAGGAGUGCGGAGAGCAGCGCGCGGCACGCCGACCAGCACCAUGGCCUCAUCUCAGGGGAAGAACGAGCUGAAAUUCGCCGACUGGAUGGCAACUCUUCCGGAGAGCAUCCACAGCAUCCCCCUCACCAAUUUAGCCAUCCCAGGAUCUCAUGAUUCCUUCAGUUUCUACAUUGAUGAAGCUUCUCCAGUGGGGCCUGAACAGCCAGAAACAGUCCAGAAUUUUGUCUCUGUAUUUGGAACUGUGGCAAAAAAACUGAUGCGGAAAUGGUUAGCCACUCAAACAAUGAACUUUUCUGGUCAGCUGGGAGCGGGAAUCCGUUACUUUGAUCUUCGAAUUUCCACCAAGCCCAGAGACCCUGACAACGAACUUUACUUUGCUCAUGGUUUGUUCAGUGCCAAAGUCAAUGAAGGGCUUGAGGAGAUCAAUGCGUUCCUCACAGACCACCAUAAGGAAGUAGUUUUCUUGGACUUCAACCACUUUUAUGGGAUGCAGAAAUAUCACCAUGAAAAACUGGUCCAAAUGCUGAAAGACAUCUAUGGAAAUAAAAUGUGCCCAGCAAUUUUUGCCCAGGAAGUUAGUCUCAAGUACCUCUGGGAGAAGGACUAUCAAGUGCUGGUGUUCUACCACAGUCCGGUGGCUCUGGAGGUGCCCUUUCUCUGGCCCGGGCAGAUGAUGCCGGCACCCUGGGCCAACACCACAGACCCUGAAAAACUGAUCCAGUUUCUUCAGGCAUCCAUCACUGAGAGAAGAAAGAAGGGCUCGUUUUUUGUAUCUCAGGUGGUGCUGACCCCCAAAGCUAGCACCGUGGUCAAGGGGGUGGCCAGUGGCCUCAGAGAAACGAUCACGGAAAGAGCCCUUCCAGCCAUGAUGCAGUGGGUUCGCACACAGAAGCCCGGAGAGAGCGGCAUCAAUAUCAUCACUGCUGAUUUUGUAGAACUUGGUGAUUUUAUCAGCACCGUCAUAAAGCUCAACUAUGUCUUCGAUGAAGGAGAAGCCAACACUUGAUAAUAUCAUUAGGACUGUUCAUGCAUAAGACAGAGAAGACUCAUAGUAUUAGGCAUAUUAUCUGUAAACCCACUGAUCUUCCUU